AUGACCGAGCCUGAGGAGCUCGACGAGGAUCUCUUCGCAGAUCUCUACGACGCAGAUGAUGCAGCAGCAAAGCCCGAAGCCUUGGUACAAGACAUCCAGCGUGAACCCAUACAAGCUUCAGCUCCAAGCGAUACUGGUGCAUUCACGAGCGACGCGAAUCCAGAGCCGAAAGAUGAAGAAUCAGGAAGCGCACCUAUAAAGGAUGAGCCAAUGUAUGGAAACGGCCACAAUGGCGAUACCGGGCCAUCAUGGAACGCCGGGCAGGCAAACGGAGGAAACGCACACCAGUACAAUGAUGCAGCGAUGGAGCAGGAGCCAGCACCGAUUGGUAUCAAAGAGGAUGGAAAAAUGUUCAUUGGUGGAUUGAAUUGGGAAACUACCGACCAAUCUUUGAAGGAAUACUUCUCAACCUUCGGCGAAGUGCAAGAAUGCACCGUUAUGCGCGAUGGCGCCAGUGGCCGGUCACGUGGAUUUGGCUUCCUCACCUUCAAGGACCCCAAGACCGUCAAUGUAGUGAUGGUAAAGGAACACUACUUGGAUGGCAAGAUUAUCGACCCCAAGCGGGCUAUUCCUCGUGAUGAACAAGAACGCACCAGCAAGAUCUUUGUUGGAGGCGUCAGCCAGGACGCAAAUGAACACGUCUUCAAGGAUUACUUCGCCCAGUUCGGACGGGUCGUUGAUGCCACUCUCAUGAUGGACAAGGACACUGGCCGUCCUCGAGGUUUCGGCUUCGUCACUUUCGACAGCGAAGCCGCCGUCGACGCCACUCUAGCAGGCGAUCUCCAAAUCCUCGGCAAGCCCAUCGAAGUCAAGAAAGCGCAACCUCGAGGCAACAUGCGCGAAGAAGAAGAACCCCCAGGCCGACGUGGUGGACGCGGUGGUGGCCGUGGAGGCAAAGACUUCCGAGACAAUGACCGUGGCUUCGACAACAAUUCUAACCAAAAUCAAGGCACCCAGAAUCAGCAAGGUGGACAGAAUAUGAUGGGCGGCAUGACGCCCCAAAUGAUGGCGCAGUACUGGCAAAAGAUGCAACAGUACUUCACCACCAUGCAGCAACAAAUGGCUUCCGCCGCCGUCAUGCAAAACGGAGGCAUGGGAGGUAUGGGCGCCAUGAAUCCAGCUAUGAUGCAGCAAAUGCAACAAAUGCAGCAAAUGAAAGCCCUGCAACAGAUGCAACAAGCUCAGAUGGGCCGACAACAAGGCUCCCAAUCCCCACUCCCGCAAAGUCCAGGCGCGCAAGGCGGCAUGCAAGGCAUGAACCCAGCCAUGCUGCAACAAAUGCAACAAAUGCAGCAGAUGCAAAUGCAACAAGCCCAACUUCAAGCCCAGCAAGGCGGAGGAGGAGGAGGAGGAGGAGGAGGCAACUUCAACGGAGGCGGUGGUCCUAUGGGCGCUAGUCCUGGCCCUGGCUUUGGCCCCGGAGGAGGAGGACCUAGACGUGGCACACCAGGCUACAACGCGCAAGACCAACUCGCCUUCGAGCAGCAGAAGUACGAACAGCAGCAAGCGCGCCGCGCCGCACAGGAAGCGCAGCAGAUGCAAUCAUACCAGCAAGGUGGCCCUACGUCUUGGGAGGGUAUGUACGAUGAUGUCCCGCAGCCGGGUGGAAGAGGUGGUGGGGGUGGAGGUAGGGGUGGGAACAGAGGCAGUGCAGGACCGCCGGCCGGAGCCCCGAGUGCGCCUGCGAAUGCACCGACGGGCCCAAAGAAUGCGGGCAAGCCCGGGGCGAACUAUAGGGGUGGGCAUGGGGGGAGGGGGGGACACAGGGGGUUCCAUCCUUACAAUAGGAAUGGCUGA